AUGCAUUGCAAACUCAGCAAAGAAGCCACAGUGCAAUGGAAGAAGGGGGACCAAUCUCUGAAACCUAAUGAAAAAUACACAAUGAGACAGAAGGACACCACGGUGGAACUAGUGAUCCAGGACCUAGAAGAAGGGGACGCUGGGGAUUAUGCCUGCGUUUGUGGCAAUGAACAAACUACCGCUGCUUUAGCCGUACAUGUUCUACCAGCCAGUUUUGAAGAACAUCUAAAGAGCGAGGAAGUGAUGGAAAGUGGAGUUGCCAUUCUGAGCUGCAAAUUGACUAAGGCCGCUCCGGUGGAGUGGAUGAAGGGGCAGCAUUUGCUCAGCAAAAGCGAUAAAUACCAAAUGAGGCAGGAGGGCUGCUUUGUUAAGCUGGUGAUCCAAGAUGUGGAAUUGGAAGAUUCUGCAGAAUACACUUGCCUCUGUGGAGAUGAGAAGACAGCAUCCUUCUUGACUGUUCAUGCUUUGCCAGCACGCUUCAAAUGCAACCUGAAGAACAUAGAUGCCACAGAAAGUGGUGUAGCCAAACUCUGUUGUGAGUUGACUCGGGUUGCACCAGUAGAAUGGAAGAAGGAGCAUCAAGUGCUCCAAGCAGGUGAAAAAUGCAUCAUGAAACAAGAUGGCACCAGUGUUGAGCUGGUGAUCCACCAACUUAAUCUUCAGGAUGCUGGAAACUACACCUGUACAUGUGGAGAUGAACAAACCACAGCUUCUUUGAGAGUCAAUGCCCUCCCACCACAGUUCAAAACGGAGCUGAAGGACUUGGAAGCCACUGAAAAUGGAUCAGCCACGCUGCACUGUGAGCUCACCAAGGCUGUUCCAGUGGAGUGGAGGAAGGAAAGCAAGAAGCUAGAAGAAAGCAACAAAUACCAUAUGAGACAAGAAGGCAACACUGUAGAAUUGGCGAUCUGUGAAUUAGACAUUCAGGAUGCUGGAUGUUACAGCUGUAUUUGUGGAGAGAAGAAAACCACCGCAGUUCUAACAGUUCACGCCCUGAAGCCUGAAUUCAAGCAACCUCUGAAGAACGAAAAAGCUGAAGAAGGAGGAACAGCCAGAUUUCGAUGCGACUUAACCAUCCUAAAGGCCCCGGUGGAGUGGAGGAAAGACGGCGUGGCCCUUCAUUCUGGCCACAAAUACGAAAUGAGGCAAGAAGGGACCAGAUGCGAGCUGCUUAUUCAUGAUGUGGAGCCCAAAGACCGUGGAGAGUAUUCUUGCAUUACGGGAGAUCAGACCACCUCUGCGACAUUAACCGUGAAGGAGCUGGACAUCACCAUCACCAAGGGCCUGAAGAACAUCGAAGUGUUUGAGGAUGAAGACGUGGCCUUUGAGUGCAAAGUCUCCCACGACAAUGCAAGAGAUGUGGAGUGGAAGCUGCAGGAGGCCUCUCUCCAGAGCAAUGAGAUGAAUGAGAUCUCCGUUGAGAAAGGCAGGAUCCAUACGCUGAGGCUGAGGAAGGUCACCCAACAAGAUUCUGGCACCGUCACUUUCCGAGUUGGACCAUACACCUCCACUGCCCAGCUCACAGUGAAAGCCGCACUUCCUGUAUUUAAAGAGCAGCUGGCAAACAAAGAACUGCAAGAGGACAGCACAGCCACUCUGAAAUGUGAAGUCUCCCAGCCUGACGUCUCAGCGACAUGGAAGAAGGGUUCCCAAGUGAUCUCCUCAAGCUCCAAGUAUGAGAUCAAGCAGGAAGGAACAAUACAUACUUUAAAGAUUUACAAUGUUAAAUCCGAAGACUCUGGCAAAUAUGUCUGCGACAUCGGACACCAGAAGACCACAGCAACCAUAACUGUUGAAGCUUUGCCAGUGCUUUUUGUUAAGUUUCUGGAGAAUCAGGAGGCAGAGGAAGGGGGCUCCGUUACUUUGAGUUGUGAGAUCUCUAAACCAGAUGCAACGGUGCAAUGGAAAAAGGAAGGCUCAGUCCUCCGCUCCAGUGAUAAGUACAAGAUGAAGCAAGCAGGCGCCGUGGUGGAGCUGACCAUCUCUAAGCUGAAUGCUGCUGAUGCCGGGGAAUAUACCUGCACCACGCCAGACGACAAGACAGCUGCAGUUCUGCUGGUGAAAG